GUCAGCUGUAGUAGUGUGUUGAGUGGACUUGCCAAGUACCAAGUAUUGGACUUGCGUUGUCGUGCUUUUUUAUGAUUUUUCAGUAUAUUGUAUAUACUGUGUUGUAGAAGAUUUAAUUAUCUUUACCAGUUACAGUGUAAAUGAUAUAACUAAUCAUGAGCAAUGUUCCAGAGAACGCUCCACAGCAUUGCCCGGGAACACAGAGCGAAGAUGCCGGCAAAGCCUCAGCAUGCGCCGGUUGUCCUAACCAGAAUAUCUGCGCAUCAGGUGCAGCGAAUAUGCCAGACCCAGCUAUAGACACAAUCAAACAACGUCUGUCCAAUGUGAAGCACAAGAUCCUCAUCCUCUCUGGUAAGGGAGGAGUGGGCAAGAGUACCGUCACAUCUCUGCUCGGGCAUGGCCUCGCCGCUAAGAACUCUGAUGUCAAUGUGGGCAUAUUAGACGCGGACAUCUGCGGACCGAGCCAGCCGCGCGUCCUCGGCGUACGCGGCGAGCAAGUGCACAACUCCGGUUCGGGGUGGUCGCCAGUCUAUGUAACCGACAAUCUAUCGCUAAUGUCUAUCGGUUUCCUGCUCGGCAGUCCCGACGACGCCGUUAUCUGGAGAGGACCCAAGAAAAAUGGAAUGAUAAAACAGUUUCUGAGCGAGGUGGACUGGGGAGAACUGGAUUAUCUACUUAUUGACACACCUCCGGGCACCUCGGACGAGCACCUGUCGGCCGUGCAGUACCUGUCGGCGGCGGGGCUGGCGGGCGCGGUGCUGGUGGCCACGCCGCAGGAGGUGGCGCUGCUGGACGUCAGGAAGGAGAUACAAUUCUGCCACAAGGUGGGGGUGAAGGUGAUCGGCGUCGUCGAGAACAUGUCGCUGUUUGUGUGCCCUAAUUGUCAGACCCGCAGCGAGAUCUUCCCAGCGACUACAGGCGGCGCGGCGGCCAUGUGCGCCGAACUAGACGUCCCCCUGCUGGGCUCGCUGCCGCUGGACCCUGUACUGGCGCGGUGUUGCGACGACGGACGAGACUUCAUACACGAGCUGCCUCACUCGCCCGCUGUACAGGCGUUGCGCAGUAUACUUGACAAAAUUAUUGCUGCCUGUGAGAACUAGUUAAAUUAUGUCAUCAAAUUAUGAAAUCGUCACAGUGUCUACCUGUUGCCUAGUCAAGCACACAAAGGUUUAGGUGGUCUGGCAUAUAGGUACUUUAAUGUAGAAAUAUUUCUAUUUUUAAUAAUUAAGCUAUAUCUGUUUCCAAUCAUUAUUUGUUAAGUACAUACUAGAACGAAUUAUAAAUGUUAUUUACAUGA